AUGGCGAUGGCACAGCUGGUGAAGGUCCUUGCUGCCCAGCCUUUUGACCCAAGCUCAGUCCUCAGGACCCACACUCAAACUAUUUUCUUCAGAAAAAGUCAAACCGCUUUCCAAGGGUCAAAGAGCCCAGCUACAGCUCUGCAGAGCGGGGAGGAAAGCGAGUCCAGACAGCCAUGCGAAUCCAGACCUCACGCAGCCUCUCGGAUCGUAAAUGAUCACGAGAGACGAGAGAGAUGGGACCAAAGGCUCCAUCCAUCCUUCAAGCGGGAGACAAAGGUUACUCACUAUAAACAAUACCCUCCCAACACAAGCAAAGUUUAUUCCUACUUUGAAUGCCGUGAAAAGAAGAUAGAAAACUCCAAAGUAAGGAAGGUGAAAUACGAGGAAACAGUGUUUUAUGGGUUGCAGUACAUUCUUAAUAAGUACUUAAAAGGUAAGGUAGUGACCAAAGAAAAAAUCCAGGAGGCCAAAGAAGUGUACAAAGAACAUUUCCAAGAUGAUGUCUUUAAUGAAAGGGGAUGGAACUACAUUCUUGAGAAAUACGAUGGUCAUCUCCCAAUUGAAGUAAAGGCUGUUCCUGAGGGCUCUGUCAUCCCCAGAGGGAAUGUGCUGUUCACUGUGGAGAACACAGACCCUGAGUGCUACUGGCUCACCAACUGGAUUGAGACUAUUCUCGUUCAGUCCUGGUAUCCAAUUACAGUGGCCACAAAUUCAAGAGAGCAGAAGAAAAUACUGGCCAAAUACUUGUUAGAAACUUCUGGUAACUUAGAUGGUCUGGAAUACAAGUUACAUGAUUUUGGUUACAGAGGAGUCUCUUCACAAGAGACUGCUGGCAUAGGGGCUUCUGCUCAUUUGGUCAACUUCAAAGGAACAGAUACAGUGGCGGGAAUUGCUCUGAUUAAAAAAUACUACGGAACAAAAGAUCCUGUGCCGGGCUAUUCUGUUCCAGCGGCAGAGCACAGUACCAUAACAGCGUGGGGGAAAGACCAUGAGAAAGAUGCUUUUGAACACAUAGUAACACAGUUCUCAUCAGUGCCCGUGUCUGUGGUCAGCGACAGCUAUGACAUUUAUAAUGCUUGUGAGAAAAUAUGGGGUGAAGACCUCAGACAUUUGAUAGUAUCGAGAAGUACAGAGGCACCACUCAUCAUCAGACCUGAUUCUGGGAACCCACUGGACACUGUACUGAAGGUCUUAGACAUUUUAGGUAAGAAGUUUCCUGUCACUGAGAACUCAAAGGGCUACAAGCUGCUGCCCCCGUACCUGAGAGUCAUUCAGGGAGAUGGCGUGGAUAUCAACACCUUGCAAGAGAUUGUAGAGGGAAUGAAACAAAAAAAGUGGAGUAUUGAAAACGUCUCCUUUGGUUCUGGCGGAGCUUUGCUACAGAAGUUAACAAGAGACCUCUUAAACUGCUCCUUCAAGUGCAGCUAUGUUGUAACCAACGGCCUUGGGGUUAAUGUCUUUAAGGACCCAGUUGCUGACCCCAACAAAAGGUCAAAAAAGGGCCGAUUAUCUUUACACAGGACACCAGCAGGGAACUUCGUCACGCUUGAAGAAGGAAAAGGAGACCUUGAGGAAUAUGGCCAUGAUCUUCUCCAUACAGUUUUCAAGAAUGGAAAGGUGACAAAAAGCUAUUCAUUUGAUGAAGUCAGAAAAAAUGCGCAGCUGAAUAUCGAGCAGGACGUGGCCCCUCACUAGGCCUGGGUGUUUGUGUGGUCUGUGUACACAUACGUGCACUAUGUGUGUGCUUGUGUGUAUGUGAGAACAUGUCCAGUGUACAGAUGCGUGCGUUUGUGUUUAUGAUAUACUACAGCCAGAUUAUUUGUUGGUUUAUGGACAUACUGCCCUUUUAUUUUUCCCACAAUGUUUAGAUGAUCUCAAAUUAGGAAACACGUGUAACCAUGUACAAGAUUAAUGCUAAAGCAAGCUUUUUAGGGCCCUUUGCUUAGAGAUAGUAACUCGGUCUGUGUUGACCUUUUCACAAGUCACAGAACCAAGAAACUUUUAUAUAUAACUGCAGAUCACAUCAAACAGAUUUGCAUAAAUUACCAUGACUGCUUUAUGUUUAUAUUUAACUUGUAUUUUUGUACAAACGAGAUUGUGUAAGAUAUAUUUAAAGUUUCAGUGAUUUAACAGUCUGUUUCCAACUUUUCAUGAUUUUUAUGAGCACAGACUUUCAAGAAAAUACUUGAAAAUAAAUUACAUUGCCUUUUGUCCAUUAAUCAGCAAAUAAAACAUGGCCUUAACAA